AGAUGGCCUCGGAGCUGGCCAUGAGCGCGGAGCUGCCCACGAGCCCCCUCGCCAUCGAGUACGUGAACGAUUUCGACCUGAUGAAGUUCGAGGUGAAGAAGGAGCCGGCGGAGGCGGAGCGGCUGUGCCACCGCCUGCCCGCCGGUUCCCUGUCGUCCACCCCGCUCAGCACGCCCUGCUCCUCCGUGCCUUCCUCGCCCAGCUUCUGCGCUCCCAGCCCCGGUGGGCAACCGGCCCCCGGCCCUCCGGCUGCCACCGCCGCUUCCCUGGGCUCCAAACAGCAGCUGGAGGAGCUGUACUGGAUGUCGGGUUACCAGCAUCACCUCAACCCCGAAGCUCUCAACCUGACGCCGGAGGACGCGGUGGAGGCGUUGAUCGGUGCCCCUCACCAUCAUCAUCAUCACCACCAAGGGUACGAGCCCUUCCGACCUCAGCCCUUCGGGGGCGAGGAGCUGCCGCCGGCCGCCCAUCACCAUCCCGGCCAUCACCAUCAUCAUCAUCACCACCUACGCCUGGAGGACCGGUUCUCCGACGAUCAGCUGGUGAGUAUGUCCGUGCGGGAGCUGAACCGGCAGCUGCGGGGCUUCAGCAAGGAGGAGGUCAUCCGCCUCAAGCAGAAGAGGAGGACCUUGAAGAACCGGGGCUACGCUCAAUCCUGCCGCUACAAGCGGGUCCAGCAACGGCACAUCCUGGAGAACGAGAAAUGCCAACUGCAGAGCCAGGUGGAGCAGCUCAAGCAGGAGGUGACCCGCUUGGCCAAGGAAAGGGAUCUGUACAAAGAAAAAUAUGAGAAGUUGGCCGGCCGGGGCUUCCCGAGGGAGCCCUCCCCAUCCGCCGCCCCGAAAGCCACCGCUGACUUCUUCAUGUGAGCCGGGCUGGUGGGAUGGGGUGGGAUCCCCUUUUUUUUUUUUUUUAAAUUUUAUUUUUUUUCCUCAUGCGGGGAGAGCAAACCCGCCGCUUAUAUUUAAAAAGAAAAAAAAAUGGGGAAAAAUAUUAUGAAGUCCCCACUGAAAUUUUGCGGAGGGGAAGUUGAACUCCCUACCUCCCACCCAUCGGGACUCGGGGUGGGGGGUCCCGGGGUGGGGGAGUGGGGGGCAGCCCUGCAUGCGGGACGUGUACGGCCACCCGCCCCCCUUCCCGGGAGCAUCAGCGCCAUCCAGGUGGCUUCUCCCCACCUUUUCCUGCGGGUUUUUCCCCUCCAUUGGGAUUUUUAUUCUUCGAGGGAUCCCCACGGAUCGGCCGGGGGGGUCCCCGGCAGCGCUGCGCCCUGCCCGGCCCCUCCGCCCACCCCCCAUUCCCGGCCGGCAAACCUGAGCCACAUUUAACUUAUUCACUCUUGUAAAUAUGUAGAAAAUUAGUUCGUUUUUUGCCUUUUUUUUUUUUUUUCCUUGAGCCUAUAUUUUGCUUGGUGAUUUACGAGAAAAAGAAAACGAACAAAAAAAAGAAAAACCAACAAAAAAACCCUAAAAUCCUUUAGAAAAGAGAAAAAAAAUUACACGAGUCUUAAAAGUUUGUAUGUAAUAGCAUGCAAAUAAUAUCCGAGUUAAUUUAACGAUGUUGGGAAGAAGCCGAAUGCACUAUAUACAGGAAUCGAUUGGGUGAAAUAAUACUGUUUUAUAGAGAUUUAAAAUUAUCUAUGCUCUUAAAAAUAGUGGGGAGGGGCGGGAGGGGAAGAGGUAACAAUUUUAGGGUGACCUGAAAGGCAAUAUAGUAAUAUAUGGACUGCAAACGGUUGGCUGCUAUCUCACUAUGCACCAGAUUUAUUUAUUAACCCUCGGGAAACGGAAAAAUCUUAUUUUAACCUCGAUGUUUGGAGAAAAAGAGAAAAAAAACAGACGUCAAGAAAAUGCACAUUAUUUGUUGUGGAAACAAGAGGAAAAAAAAGGAUUAAGAAUUCGUGCAAUCGUUGGAGCGAAAGCGGGACCGAUCCUGCGCGGAGGAGCGGGGCGGGUUUGUUUGUUUGUUUUUUUUUUUUAAACGAGUUGCUUAUUUAAAAAAGAAGAAAAAAAUUAAAAAAAAACAAAUUUUGGUGGGGUGGGGGAAACAAAAGGGUCCUGCGGGCAAAGCGAGCUUGGGAGCCUGGUGCAUUUUAGGGACUGAUCGUGCGAAGCGUUUUUAACGACCUGUUGUUUCGAUUUGUGACGGUUUUAAUGAUGUUGCAUCAAGAUAAAAACUUAUAUUCAACUAGA